AUGUCUGUUUUGUACGAUAAAAUGGUGAAAGGCAUGCUUCACAUUCCUGAAGACGACUUUCUACCAGGUACUGCUGUUAAAGCCCCCUUUGUCUUCAUACGAGAUGAAGAGUACCUCCUUCUCAGACACCUGAUGAAACCUUUUGCCAGGAGAAAUCUUGAUUGCUCGAACGAAAAGUUCAACAAAGUUCUUUCACGAACUAGAAAAACUGUUGAAUUUGACUUUGGAAUUGCGGCUGCAAAUUGGCGAUUACUAAACAAACCAAUUGAAACGAAAGUAGAGACUGCAGAACUGAUUGUGAAAGCUGUUUGCGUUUUACAUAAUAUGACUGUGGACAAAGAGAAUGUACUGAACGAUGUGGAGUACAGAGACGUACUUCCUGGAGUUCAGCCAUCAAGAAGAAACAAUGCAGCUCCUGCUGAAGCUACCGAGAUAAGGAAUCUGUUUAAGCGUUUCUUUAAUGAAUAA